AUGAUAGAUAAUUUGAAUUUAUUUUUACAUGAUUUCAAUUAUCAUUUAUAUAUGUAUCAAAAUUCAUCUUUUACAGUACAUAAUCAUUAUAAUUAUCAACCUGGUAAAUGUAUAAAUCCUAAAGAAACAUUAUAUCGUAUUGCUUUAUUACAUACUAUAUUUAUACAAUAUUUAAAUGAAAAUUAUUGUUUAUAUACUAUCAAUAAACAAAAAGAUAAAGAUUCAAAGAUGAACUCUACUACUACUACGGUUACUAGGAACAGUCAACUUAUUGAAGAUUUGAAUAAUAUAUGUGAUAAUUAUCAAUCUGAUUUAAAACUUACUCGAAAUUCAAUAUUUUCUACAUUAAUAAGUCACGGUCUCGAGACACGUUUGAGUGCACAACAUGAUGUUAACCCACGGGCUUACCCGCUGGCAGGCCCUGAAUUAACAAAUAAAAUAAUCGAACUUGUCAAACAGGCUAGUUCAUAUAAGCAGCUUAAGAAGGGUGCAAACGAGGCUACCAAGGCUCUUAACAGAGGAAAAGCAGAGUUUAUUGUAAUGGCUGCCGACAUAGAUCCCCUUGAAAUAGUUUUACACUUGCCUCUUCUGUGUGAAGAUAAGAAUGUCCCUUACGUCUUCAUCCCAUCACAAAUGGCUUUGGGUCGUGCCUGUGGUGUAUCCAGAUCGGUAGCAGCCGUUGCUGUUACAGAUAGCGAGGGCUCGCAACUCAAACCUCUCGUCAUUUCUAUUCAACAGAGCAUUGAAAAACUGCUUAUUUAA